AUGUGGAAGUCUUUGUUUAUGGAGGAGAAAACGGGACUGAUCGCGUUCAGUUCCGUGGAGUCGUUUAACUUUCGUAGGAAUUGUUGGGAACCUGAAGAACCAAAGCUUAAAUAUCGCAAAGUUGUAGAUGCAUUUGCUCUUUGUGGUAAGAUAUUUGUUGGUGGGGAUUGGUGGGAGCAUUGGUACGAUCGUCCACGACCUCAACCAGAAUCAUUUUAUAAGAUUGGUGAUCACAAGGCAUUUCUUUUCAAACUUUUCCCAAGUCUCUCUGUUCGGGAUGUAUGCAUUGAAAUUUGCAAGAAAUUGGACAUUGCUCCUAUGGCUUUUCAUUUCUUCACACUUAUGACAACAGACUGUGAACACUGCCUUGACAUCGAAUGCCAGAUAACAGAAAAAUGUGACAGACAAAAAGAUCAUUAUUAUAAUCCCAAACAUAUAAUAUCGGAAGACAUUUCCAAUCAGGUCUUUUUCUUUCGGCUUGCAUUUAGAGCUGUUGCUGGUUCCUAUUUAAAAGCUGUGAAUGUUGCUACAUUUGAAUACUUUGUCAUGCAGGUGUUAUUGAUUUUGGUCACCUUUCUUAUUAGCAUAUAUCAUCAAAUUUGUCGAUGGGAUUACAUCAAGCAAAGAGUGGACAACUUGUCCUGGAAAGAUCAUCUCACUUUGCUAGUUCUUGAGUCAAUAAUCCAAGCUCACGAAAAAAACAUAACUGCCAAAGAAGUUCUUGACAAACCACAAGUGGAAAUGCCAUGGUAUUGCUCAUUUGUUUGUGAGUAAAGACUACAAACCAAAAAAAAUACGAUCUCAUUUGAAGACACAACUCCCACAGU